AAAGUUUGACUUUGCUAAUAGCUUUAAGUCACAUUCUGAGAAUCUGGCGCCACCCCAAGGCCAAAUCUUUCCAUUUGCAUAGAGGGCUAAAAAGGGAGCUGACAGAACAGGGCAGGUGGUGACAGCCAACACACUGAGGAGGAAGGAGGAUCAGCCUCCAGCACUGAACACCCACUGUCUCGCUUAGACAGAAGCGCAGAACAACAUCACACCAGUAGGAGCAACCUGAGCCCAUAAACUGAUCCCAUGUGGAGUGGCAGUGAUCUGAGCCAGGCUGGAUGACGGAUCAACAGGGGAUCUUCAUCCUCUAACAGAAAUCACAGAGUGUCAAAGAGGCGACUUUGACAAAGAGAGGAGUCCUUACAUCUGGCAAGAUGGGAGAAAACACUCCACAGAUCUGGCACAUGCAGAUUCCUGGGCAGGAAGUUCCAGGUGAGCUGCAGAAGAAGAUAUCGGUGGCCAGCCAGCCGGAGUGCUCCAUCUGCUACAACACCUACGACAACGUCUUCAAAACACCCAAGCUGCUGGAGUGCACCCACACCUUUUGCCUGGAGUGCCUGUCCCGCCUCAUGGCCGUCUCCCUGACCGAUCAGGAUGAGGGCGCUGGCAGCACACGCCUCUCUUGCCCCUUCUGCCGCCAUCCCACUAUGCUGCCAGAGGACGGGCCCCCCGCCCUGGCCACCAGCCGGGAGGUCCUCUGCAAACUGCCCAGCCACCAGCAGCAGGAGGAGCCCGUGUGGCUGGAGGGGGAGAAGUUGUGCUACAAGACAUCCAGACAGGACGCCCACUCCGGAGUGCCUGACAGCCCCACGGCCUUCUGCAUCUGCAUCGACAUCGGGGCCAGUAAGUCAGCGGACGCUCCGGUCCAGACCAGGCGCCGGAGCUCGGGUCUGAUGGGCCGACUGGCAGACUGGAAGAGGAUGGUGCUGUUCGUGGUGCUCAUGGUGCUGCUGGUCAUAGUGGUGCUGUGGCCUCUGCAGUGUGUGUUCACCACUGGAAACAUGCGCUGCAUGAGAAACGGACCCCACAUCAGCACCACGGCAACCACCACCACGACCUUUGGCCCGUCGCUCAGCAGGUCCGGCCUGAAAGGAUGAGCAGCUCAACUUACAGGACUUUACCGUGACUGACCCGUUGCUUUGAAGAGUUGCAUUCUGGGUAAUUCGUGUGAUGGGCUAGCAAUGCGUCUGCUGCCUCUGAUGCUGUAGCUGGGACCGGACCUGGUUCCCCUGCAGCGAUGGAUGAAGGGUUGAUUCACUCAUUAACUCAGACUUUACAGCUCCAGUUCUGUCAACAUUUCCAUAAAUGGCUGCAUCAGAAGUCAUGUACGCAAGGAGUAGAUAAAACUUUGACACAUUUGCACUUUGACCCGAGCUUGUAUUCUGAGAUAAGAACAUCUGACUGGUUCUGUUUGGUACCGACGUAGAACCCUGAAGUCCAGGCCAAACAGCUCAGCACUUUUACUGAACCGGUGUGGAAAUGUGAACUUUGUUGGAUGGGAUCCACAUGUACCAAUGACAAAUGUGCAUAAUGUGACUGAUUGUGACUUUUGAUACAUCUUUAUUUACAAAACUACAAUUAAAAUUGAAGUAUUAAGCUUG